GCCGAAGACUGGGCACAUGUAACACUUCAGAGCUUCCGGAGGGUUUUUCGGCCAAAGGGCGCGUUUCAAUGGGGUUAUUCGUCAAAUUCCGCUGACCUUCGGCUCAUCGCUGCUAUCCCUUCUCGCUGUGCUUUGCAUCUCUUCUCAGCAGAGAGGACGAUGAUAUGGUGGUGUCUUUCUUUGGCCAUUGCACUCGCCCGUGGACUGGGCAUGGCUAGGUCAGCCUCGAGGAUGGCGAUGACGUGGCUGCGGCUCGUCAAACCGUGCUGACGGUCGAAGGAAGGAAGAAGGGGUAGCGGGAGGGCUUCUGCUCGUUUGAGAGGGAGAGGGAUUGAGGUCGUGGUGGGCGAUCGAUGAUGGAGGUAGACGGAAGCUGACAACAGAACACACAAAGCUUCGACUUUUUGUUUUUUUUUUAAACACAAAAACCACACCGUAUUGGGGACUGGGGCUGGUGGAAGGGUAUAGACUGAAGGAGGGGGGGUUACGAGCAGUUCAGUUUGAGAGUGAUGAGCGGCAAAUGAAUCCGCUAGCCGGGCAGCCUGUUAUCUGCGCACCCUUGCGCCGAUCUGGAGGGUUGAGAUUGAAGGAGGGGGUGUUACGGGGAGGUUGAGAGUGAUGAGCGGCAAAUGAAUCCGGUAGCCGGGCAGCCUGUUAUCUGUCCACCCUUGCGCCGAUCUGGCCCAUCUCUCGAGACAACCCUUGCCCCUUUGCAGGUUCCGGCAGGAAGGAGCCUACUGAAAAUUGAUAGGUCAAGUACCUACACUUGAGUAUCGCGCCAGUGGAGGAGGGAAGUGGGUUGGAGCAGAAGCAGUAGGAGGAGGAGGAGGAGGAGGAGGAGGAGGAGGAGGACGGAGAAUCAGGCCAUGGGGUCGCCUAAGGCGGCGCGAAUACGGAACCCUACGUCGAGGAGGAUGAUUUACCAGCUCAUUUUGUUGUGCCUAGGGGUAUCGGCAGUCUAUGUCGUCGUAUCGAAAUUUGGAAGGACAGCGAUUCCGAGUGCAUCUGAUGUAUCAGGAACGUUCCAGAAGACAGCAUUGCCACGCUACACGGUUAUGGAUGAAAAUGAGGGCUUGACGCCGCUGACUACCAGCGAGAUGCUCGAAAUGAAGAACGAGCUCGGUGCGGCAGGUGAGCUCAGGAGGACUGCAUUGGUUCGGGACGCUGAGAAAAGCAACUUCCAGGAGCGAUGGAUCGAAAAACCAUCAUCACUUUGCUAUGGCCAUGGGAACAUCACCAUUCUCACUGUCACCGUCGGCCUACCGAAGGAUUAUUUAAGUGGUCUGCGGAGGAACCGUUUCGCGUACGUAAAUGCGCAUGGGUACCGCUACUGCGAGGUCAUGACAUCCCUGGACUUCGACCAACCCAUCUCCGUGACGAGGAUAAAGGCCAUGCUUCUACUCCUCUCCUUUGCAGACAUCGUCGUCCAUUUGGAUGCGGAUGUUCUUAUCAUGAACAAAUCGGUGUCUAUCGAAAGCAUUCUUGCCUUGCGCCCGUACAACAUGUCAAAGAAGGAUGCAAUAUAUACGAACGACUAUACAGUGCUCCGGGAUGUCGAUCCAGAUGAGAUGGCACUUAUCAAUACGGCAGUGUACAUUAUGAGAAGCACCGCAUGGUCAAAGGCAUUUCUUGAAAUACAGUAUCGGUUCUUCCGGUGGGCGUUUCAACGCAAGUUGUGGAACCAACAGGCUUUGGCAGUGUACCGGUUAAAGCACCAUGUGGAAUUCGCAGAGCAUAUUGCGAUUGUCCCAUAUAGGUUGUUGAAUGUUCCUUGCUGCCAUGAGCAUAACUACUAUCAGCGAGGGGAUUUCAUUGCUCAUUUUGCAGGAGGCAAUAAUCGGGAAAAGUAUGACGAUCUAUCCAUAAUGAUGUUACGAGACAAGAGUUAAACUUCUUUCCUCGAGAAUAAUCUGGAAAAAGUAGUACUUUUCGCUGCAACGACAAUCCUGUUCACAUUCCGCUGUCGAGUCCCCGAGGAAACUGUUUUUUUUUUUUUACUACAAGCGUGCAUGCGCUUCUAUCUGAGAAAGUUCAGUCAGCAGCUAGCGGUAUGGAGAACUGCUAUUGUGGGUACUACGGAAGUAUCAAAAGAAAGAUGCACAAGAUUGAAGCUGUGUAAACGUGUACGUGUUCCUGCCUCUGUUCGAUCUCUUGCUCAACCCGCCCCCACCCUUUCCUGUUCGCCCACACAUGAACCCAUGUGUGCACUUGUCCCUUUUUUUUUGUCUGUGCACGUGCGCAGGGAGUUAUCCUUUCGCAGAAUUGUUGCAGUUUGUACUGGUUGGAGUAGAGCUGUUAGUUGUGUGGAGUGAAUGUAGUAGUAGGCUCACUGACGGAGGACGGCUACUGACAGUGGACUGCUUUUGGUUGGGAAGCAUAGAGAUCACCGAGGAGAGACUAAUGAGGUUUGUAACUGGUCUGUUCUGAAGCGAUAUUCCUUCUUCGUGUUCGAGGCGUUGAGGAAUGGUAGAUCUCGAGUGGGUCCUGGCAUGAAGGGAGAUAUUCCCGGUUCAUGUUGAAGGAGUAAGGACAAAAAAUGUAGACGGAGUGGGUCGUGCGCUGUAAACAGUGAGUAGGUAGCAUCAAUCAGGGUUGUCGAAAGUUGUCAUGUCACAAUGCGGCAGCUUGUCCUGUCUCGCUGCGGCAGCUUGUCUUGUCGCGAUGCGGCAGUUUGUCCAGGAAAUCAUGCGGCAGCAUAGGAAGGGUGUAGCUAAGCUGUUGGAUGCCUGCAUUCUUUUCACUUAUAAAUGGUGACCGUUGGAGCAGUUGGUACACCCUCAAAGAUAUGGUGGAGUGCCAUUCUUCAUUGCAGAAUAUAUGAUGACAAAAGAGAAGGUUAUGGUUUAUUCCAGGAGCUAGCUCGUGUGAAUAUGGUGGAGUGCCAUUCUUCAUUGCAGAAUAUAUGAUGACAAAAGAGAAAGUUACGGUUAUUCCAGGAGCUAGCUCCUGUGAAUUUUCUUAUUAUGAUAUCAUUCCUCUUGCAAGAUGUUGAGGGUCAGUUUGCUGUGGUUUCCGAUGAGGUGGCUCAUUGAAUUAGAGAUGGGCUGUGCCUGGAAGAAGUCAUGGACGGGUCCGUUGUCAUGAAUAAAUAGUCUCUGGAUAAGAGGAAGAGGAGAGGAUAGUGUCUGUUGGAUGUUAUACUCUUGUGGCUCGUCGUCGUGAGGAGAUUGGCUUGGGCAAGGAGAGACUCGUGCCCCUCAUGUCUCAUACAUCCUGUAUUUUGUGCCUAUCAGUGGCUAUCAGGCUUAUGAUGCGAUUCCUCCUGUAUUUUAUGCCUAUCAAGGUAUGAUAUGAUUCAUUCUGCAUUUAUUAUAAUGGCCGUCAGGCUAUGUAUGCGAUUUUCUGUGUGCACAUACCGCAUUACAAUAAAUCGUUUUUUUCCUUCAGCUGAAUCAGCUGGCCAAAAAUGAUUUUAUGAACAGGUUGAGCAGCGUGAGUCAACUUCGUGGACAGUACUGAAGGUUUGUGUUGACGGGUAGUGCUGCAGGUAUGGACUGUAUUUAAUGUCAAUUUUCAUCUCCAUUUUCAUCUUUGUCCUGCAGUUAGACUGGCACCAAUAGGACAUCGACCACUAAAGUGCACUUGGAUUUAGAGGGGCUGCACACUGGAGCACUAAAGAGUUUACACACGUUUGAGGAACCACAAAAGCAACGACGGGAAAACGAAGGAUAGCAAUAAAGAACGCAUGUUGUGAGAAGGAGAUGUUUUAACUGCGAACUUCGAAUCAUCGAACUUGGAACUAACAAUUUUGAUGUUCAAUUCUGAUUCGGGAGCUUGUCGGGUUUCAACUUUCUAAGUAAAUACCCUACAUUAGA